AUGACCUCAGUCGCAAACGCAGUAGUCCCCGGCCAACGCCUCGGUCAUGUCCAGGAAUACAGUGCAGGACCAGGAACAUACUCACACCAGGAUUUCCUCUACGCCAGUGUUGUCGGCAUCAAGAAGAUCAUCGAAGCCCAAGGCGAGCUCCCAACAUUGACAGUGCAACGUGAAAACUCGCAGUCAGCCAUGCCAGAGAUCGACGCCAUCGUCACCUGCAAAGUCGUUCGUGUGAACCCCCGCUUCGCAGCCGUCAACAUCAUGGUCGUAGGUGAGACCCCCUGCAAGGACGAUUUUCAGGGCAUCAUCCGUGUUCAGGACGUACGGGCGACAGAGAAGGACAAGGUCAAGAUCUACAACUCCUUCCGUCCUGGUGAUAUCGUCCGCGCUCAAGUCAUUUCAUUGGGAGAUGCCAGGAGUUACUAUCUGUCAACAGCGUCAAACGAAUUGGGCGUGAUCUUUGGAACAAGUGUUGCAGGCGGAUCCUUGGUUCCCAUUUCGUGGCAGGAGAUGCAGUGCACAAAGACGAAAGCAAUCGAGCUCAGAAAGUGUGCCAAACCUAUGUAA